UGGCGCGUACAGUAACGAACAUCGAUCUCUCCUUUUCCCUCCCUCACCCCAACGGAUAAGAAGAAAAAGCCCCCCUCCCUCUCUCCAAAAACCCCUUCAAAUCCGCAGAAAUGGCAUCAAUAUCCUUCUUCUCCUCUUCAAUUUUCCUCUCUUCUCCCCAACAAGCCUCAAAAUUCCACCCAACUCCCCUAAAAAUCCCCAAAUCCCUCCUUCCUUCCCAAACCCUAAUCCGCUCCUCUCUCUCAACAACUCUCCCAAUCAUCUCCUUCGACGGCGAGAAGGUCGGCGAAACCCUACUCUCUCUUAAGUCGGCCCCACCUGAAACGGCCCGCGCUGUCGUCCACCGCGCUAUCCUCACAGACCAGCAGAAUGCCCGCCGUGGGACCGCCUCCACCCUCACCCGCGGCGAGGUCCGUGGUGGUGGCAGGAAGCCCUACCCCCAGAAGAAGACCGGCCGGGCCCGUCUAGGGUCCCAGCGGACCCCACUCCGCCCUGGUGGCGGCGUCGUCUUCGGCCCCAAGCCCAAGGAUUGGUCCAUCAAGAUCAACCGCAAGGAGAAGAAGCUUGCAAUAUCGACUGCCCUCUCCAGUGCAGCGGUGAAUUCUAUCGUGGUGGAGGAUUUCCAGGACAGGUUUGAGAAGCCGAAGACAAAGGAGUUUGUGGCAGCGUUGAAGAGGUGGGGGAUCGACCCGAAGGAGAAGUCAAUGUUCUUCUUCUUGGAAGAGGUGGCGGAGAAUGUGAGGUUGUCAGGGAGGAAUAUUGGGACGCUGAAGAUGCUGACGCCACGGACGUUGAAUCUGUUCGAUAUCUUGAAUGCCGAUAAAUUGGUUUUCACACAGUCCGCAGUCAAGUAUUUGAAUGCAAUGUAUGGAGCAUCCAGCAACGGGUAUGAUUAUGAAGAAGAAGAACUAGAAGAACUUGAAGGGGAUGAAGAAGGUGAUGAAGGCGAGACCUCAGAUUCAGCGGAAUAAUUAUUUUUACAGGUUCUGAAUCAUUUCUAAGACAGUCUUGUCCCUGUCAAGAUCAGCAGCCAUUUUAAGCAUUCAUGUUCAAUCUCAAGAUGGUUUUGCUUUGUUGUGAAUUUUUUAAUGUAUCAUUUAACAUGUUCAUCUCCUAUAAGAUUUUGUGAUUUUUUUC